GCCUAAUUUGAAUAUUCCGGACACUUUUCGUGUUUUGACUUUUUCGAUCCGGAGUACGGUUUUCCCCAGAGUCGGUCCGGCGGAGUUUUUCGGGUAUUUUAAUUGUUGAUAAUUAUCCAGUUUGUCUCGAUAAACGUGAAACAAGAUAUUUUGAUUAUUAUAUUCAUCCUUAUCUUGUAAUAAUUGCAAUGGGACCCGCAGACCAAUAAUUGAGUUAAAAAGCCCCGUUUUGAUGAUUAUCUCGAAAACCAGUACCGAUUGGACCCCGCUUUAUUAAUAUAAAGCUAUUAAAUACGUAUUUUCAUGUCAUAUACGAUAAAAAGGGGUACCAGUUAUUUGUAAAUAUAAAUAGACCUUUCUAGAGCUUAUUUUCACCCGUAAAAUCAUUUCACCAGUUUCUCUGCACGAAUACCGAGAGAAACCGAGCAGUGUUCUUCGUGUUCUUCAUAAUCAAACGAGGAUUUGAAGGUGUUAUUGGAGUCAGAAUCAAGCGUGCAAAUAGUCAAAUCGAAGAUAUUGAAGAGUAGAACCCAAAUCAAUCAUCAAAAACAACAUGAGAUUCACAGAAAGGCUUAAAGAUGAGAUGAUUGAUUGAGAUUGUGAAUAAGGCUAAUGCUAGGCGAGGAGACAGAGUUGAGGAUCCAGUGGUCGAGGAGUGUUCAGGAAAGUUGAUGAGGUUGGUGCAAGCUAGAGCUGUGCUAUAGGGAUUCAAGUGUAAGUCAUAGCUGGAAUAGUUGACAGCGAUUCGUCUUAUCGAAGAUGAUCUGAUUUGGUAAGAGAUGUUGUGUAAUAGUUAGUGGAUUCUAAUUUCAAUACUGUAACCUGGAUGCGAUCCUGUUGUUUUAGGGGGUUAAAAUGUUCUCAUUCAAAUCUUUUAUUAAAUGUUUUCAGGUUUUGAAUUCUUUUGGAUUUUUAUUAUCUUUUAAAAAAAAAUACAGGUUUUCAAAGUGUUUAAAAAAAAAAAAUGGUUUUUGUGUGGUGACGUCAGAAUCCAGACCCCCGGAUUCUCGGGACGUCACAGUAAUGACCCGGACGGAUGGAUACUACGGGUGGAGCGGUAUUUUGCUUUUUACCGACUCUCGGAGGAGGAGAUGUUAGAGGCGGUAGAUGUGGCGUUGGAUGGGGAUGCUCUGAGAUGGUAUCAGUGGGAGAACAAACGACAUCCCAUCCGGCGAUGGGUAGAUCUGAAAGGGUUUCUCCUCAGACAGUUCAGGCCGGUGAAUGGGGGCUCACUUUACGAGCAAUGGCUGGCCACCGUGCAGCUCACAACGGUGAAUGACUAUCGGCGUCGUUUCAUAGAAACGGCUGCCCCCUGGAUAGUGUGUCCGAAGAAAUUCUCAUGGGGCAUUUUAUCAAUGGUCUUAAAGAGGAGAUUACGGCAGAAGUCAGGCUGUUGCACCCAGUCAGCUUAGAACAUGCUAUGGAGACGGCUGUCCGUGUCGAAGAAAAACACAGGGUUACAAGGGCACCCAAGCUCAACCUGAGCACAAUUAAGACUGGGUCCUUUACCUACAGUAAAGGCACUUCAGUGCAAGCUCCAUAUUCAAUUGUGCCACCGAGCAGCCCUAUGCCAUCCCGCACUUGGAGUUCAGCAGCGUCACAAACUUCAGUCCAAUCUCCCACUUCACCAGCCACGAAGACAGUAGGCGAGGUGCGCCGUCUUACGGACAAGGAGUUGCAGGAGAAGAGAGCAAAGGGCCUGUGUUAUCGUUGCGACGACAAAUGGGUACAAGGCCAUAGGUGCAAGCGCAAAGAAUUGAGUGUCAUGUUAAUCGAUGAGGAGGAAGAUGCUGAAAUUGAGGCUGGGGAGGCUGUGAACAACCCUGUUGAGGAAUUUCCAGCAGAGGUGUCAUUGAAUUCUGUGGUGGGAUUGUCUAACCCGAAGACAAUGAAAGUGAAGGGGCUGAUUGGAGACAUGAUGGUAGUGGUCAUGAUUGACCCAGGAGCUACCCAUAAUUUUAUUAGUAAAAAUGCUGUGAAGACAGGAGGUGUUGUGGUGACGCCUUCGGGCUCUUUUGGAGUGUCCUUGGGGAAUGGGGAGGCCAUUAAAGGAGAUGGCGUUUGUAAGGAUGUAAGGUUGCAAUUGGAUGGGGGAAUUGAGCUGCUCGAAGAUUUUUUGCCACUUGAAUUGGGUAGUUCCGACGUCAUUCUGGGUAUUCAAUGGUUGGAAAAGUUGGGGAUGGUUACAACCAAUUGGAAGACGCAGGUUAUGAAGUUUGAAUUAGGGGGAGAACUCGUCACCUUGAUAGGAGAUCAGACCCUGGUGCAUUCUCAGGUGUCGCUAAAGGCUAUGUUGAAGGCGCUGCGGAAACAGGGGCAAGAAUAUUGGGUGGAGUGUAAUCGUCUAGAACAGAUUAAUGGACAAGGAGAAGGCGUGAACAGCGGGGUUCCUAGCUUUUUGCAACCAGUUGUUCAGCUCCACUCGCGAGUCUUUGAUACACCAGUGGGGUUGCCUCCGAGCAGAGGUCAUGAGCACGCUAUUAAUAUGAAGGAGGGUAGUAGUCCAGUGAGCAUGAGGCCAUACAGAUAUCCCUACUGCCAGAAAGACGAAAUAGAAAGGUUAAUUGCUGAAAUGUUAGCCGCGGGGAUCAUUAAACCAUCUACAAGUCCCUAUUCAAGCCCCGUGUUAUUAGUAAAGAAAAAAGAUGGGUCAUGUCCGCGCCUUAAACAAGGACACCGUACCGGACAAGUACCCCAUUCCGGUUAUCGACGAGUUGCUAGAUGAAUUGAGUGGUGCAGUUUGCUUUUCGAAGUUGGAUCUCAAGGCAGGUUAUCACCAAAUUCUGGUAAGGCCCGAAGAUACACACAAGACCGCAUUUCGCACACAUGAUGGCCACUAUGAAUUCCUUGUC